GUAUCAUGUAUGACCCCAUCACCCACCACCCUGCCUGCAGCAACCAGCAAAGCCUCUUUGAUUCUCUUUUUUCAUUUUCAACUCACCCUCCCAUUCUAAAAACCCAUUUCCUCUUCACAUAAACAAAACCCCUAAUAAUUCCCAUGAUUCCCAGCUUCAACAUAAUCCUUAUUAAAUUAAACCCGUGAAUUUCUUUUCUUUUCUUUUUUUGAUAUCUAUACUAUAAUCUAUCACAUCAAAAUAAAAAAGAAACUAAAAAAUUUAAAAAAGUGGUCAUUCCCAGUUCCCAGUUCCCAGUUCCAGCAAAGGAACACAGUUGGGUUGGGUUGGGUUGGGUUGUGUGUAUUAUAGUGGAAGCGGUUCGAGAGAGAGAGUAAAGAGAGAAGAGAGAGAGAGAGAGAAAGAGAGAAAUGCCAAGUGUGGCUGUGAAGCUCUACAGCGUCUUCUUCAAGUUCCUCUUGAAGCACCGUUUACAGAACCGGAUUCAGGCACCGCCCGAACACUCCGACGCCUUUGGAGUUACCACCCGACCCGAAGAGUCCGUCGCCGCCGCCAACCCUUCUUUCACCAACGGCGUCGCUACCAAGGACAUCCACAUCGACCCCUUCACUUCCCUCUCUAUCCGAAUCUUCCUUCCCGAAUCGGCACUGACUCCUCCCGAACCUCGUUCCAACCCUAACCACAACAACGCUGCUCGCAAACCUAGGUCCGAUCAUGGAUCUGCAUCCACGCGCGACUCGAACUCGCUUCCAUCGCGCCGCAACAGCUAUGAACCCUCCACUGUUAUGCACAGGGAGGAAUCGAUGCGAAGGAACAGUGCCGGAAACGGCGUGGUUGAGGGUUUGAACUUAAUGUCCAACGGCGUUUACCGGGGGUACUCGCCGGCAGGGGACAAUAGGCGGAAACUUCCGGUGAUGCUGCAGUUCCACGGCGGCGGUUGGGUGAGCGGGAGUAAUGAUUCUGUUGCCAACGAUAUGUUCUGUCGGCGGAUCGCGAAGCUCUGCGAUGUGAUCGUGGUGGCUGUUGGGUACAGGCUGGCACCGGAGAAUCGGUAUCCGGCGGCGUUUGAGGACGGGAUGAAAGUGAUGACUUGGUUAGCCAAGCAGGCGAAUUUAGCGGAAUGUAGCAAGUCGAUGGGGGUUGGGAAGGUUGGUAGUGGAGGAGGAAUUGGUGGUGUCGGCGGCGGUGUUGGUGGGAUUGAGUUCAAGAAACCAGAUGCUCAUAGGCAUAUAGUUGAUUCAUUUGGAGCUUCCAUUGUCGAGCCGUGGUUGGCUGCUCAUGGAGAUCCAUCAAGGUGUAUUCUUCUUGGCGCAAGUUGUGGUGCAAAUAUUGCAGACUAUGUGACUCGAAAAGCUGUGGAAGGAGGCAAACUUCUGGACCCAGUCAAGGUGGUAGCACAGGUCUUGCUGUAUCCAUUUUUCGUUGGAAGUGUGCCCACACAUUCUGAAAUAAAGUUAGCAAACUCCUACUUUUAUGACAAACCUAUGUGUAUGCUUGCGUGGAAACUUUUCCUACCAGAGGAGGAAUUUGGUUUGGACCAUCCAGCCGCUAAUCCCUUAAUCUCGGGACGAGGUCCUCCUUUAAAGCUAAUGCCUCCAACAUUGACAGUAGUGGCAGAACACGACUGGAUGAGAGAUCGUGCCAUUGCUUACUCAGAGGAGCUCCGGAAGGUGAAUGUUGAUGCACCUGUGCUUGAAUACAAGGAUGCAGUGCAUGAAUUUGCGACACUCGAUGUACUUAUUAAAAGCCCUCAGGCCCAGGUUUGUGCUGAGGACAUUGCUAUCUGGGUCAAGAAGUAUAUUUCACGUAGAGGUCAUGAAUUCUCUUACUGAGUAGGAUAUAAAAAAUUAAGAUGAUCACGACGGGUGGGAUCUUUUCCGUGAGUUUGCUGAGGUCAAUCUAAUCUUCCAGUUGGGAUUACUGAUGUUAGGACCAAUUUUGCAUCACAACUAUGGAAUUUAUCAUUCUUGGACUUCCAACAUUAGUAUUUACUGGUCUCUAACUUAUGCAAGAACUGGUCUCUCUAUAUUAUGCUUGGGCUUUUGGUACCACCGCCGUAACAGCAAAAUAGUGUGUGGAGAUGUUAAACACCUUCAAUCCACAAUGAAGGCAACAUUAUUGGAGAUAUCUGGAUGAUAUAAAAGCCACAAUUCAAUGCCAAAGAAAAAGGCCACAAUUCUCGCAACUUGCAUGCUACGUCGAGAAGCAGAACUUUCAAUGAAACAAAAAUGAAAAAUCCUAGAUCUUCUUCACAGCUUUGCUUUUUGGAGAUUCCACUGGCCGGUAUUUGGAACUUUAGUUUGAUGAUGCUUGAGGAUAUGGCUUCAUAGCUAAGUGUUUGCUUCUCAUUUUUGUCCUUCAUUUUUCCCUACACCGGAAGAGAGAGGACAGAAAAAUUUUGUUGGAAUUGGAGAGUGAUAUAGAGCAGGCCCAUUGUUGAAUUCUAUGCGGAGAAUUGUUCCUGCGUAUUUGUCCAAGGAUACUGUUUUUUCGAUAACAUUAAGAAUUCGGAUUGAAAAGGACCUUGUUCUCUAUGAUUCCUUAGUAGAUGUGCAUUGGUGAAUACAUAAUUAUGUAUAUUUAUACUUGUUUUACAUAUUUUUCUAUUAGAGUAAUUAAUUAUUAAAAUAAUUAAUUUUCUUAUAAAUACAAAAGGUUAGGCAUUAAUUAGUGAAUAUUGUAA